CCACCGCGCAGUUCCAGACAGUGCGAACCGUUUCCUAAAAAAAGUUCUAGUGCGAACCGAGAUUCCCAAUCCCCCAAACAUUUCGUCGAAUCCGCCGUGAGAUCCGCCCGACUCUCGCUCCGUUCCGGCGCUCUCGGUCGGGCGAAGGCUCCACCUUCCUCCGACAAGAUGGCGGGGAAGGGAGCCAAGGCCACGGCCGCCAAGUCGGCGGACAAGGACAAGGGGAAGAAGACCGGCGGCCCCGUCUCGCGCUCCUCCCGCGCCGCACCCCAUGAGAAGUCAGCUCCGAAGAAAGAUGUUUAUCAAUUGUUUGCUGAGAAGGUCAGGGAUAACAAACAACUGGAAUCAAGAUGGGCGAUCAUGCAAGAAACCCGCGUGGAGUAUUUCCGUGGAAAAGAUUUCAAUACCUUCGUCAAAAAUCAUCCAGAAGUCAGGGAAAUUUUGGGGCCAGAUAAGGAUUUAGAGGUGGAAGACAUUGUUAACACUUUGCUGACCAAGAACCUUGUGAUAAGGUGUGAUCGAGUCAUGAAAACUGUGAGGCCUGGCAAGAAAAAGCUAUCGUCAUGGCCUGCUCAUUUGGAGAUACAUAAUGAACAAGUGUUUACUGAAAAUGAUGGGUUUUUUGCUUGGAUGUUUCUGAAAAGAAGGACCUUGUGGCAGACAAUUCUUUCAUUUGUUUGGCCUCUUUUUGCACUGGCAGUCUGCUUAUUUCCAGUUUACCCAUACCAGUGCAAGAUUGUUGUACUGUACUCAUGUGCUGGAGCUCUACUUUUCAUUGUCUCCAUUCUUUUGCUAAGAGCUGCUAUCUUUGGUAUCCUAUGGGUUCUCCUUGGGAAACGCGUGUGGUUCUUCCCCAAUAUAAAUGCGGAGGAGACAACUUUUAGAGAACUCGUUCGUUUUUGGCCUGAAAAGGAUGAAGGAGAGCGGCCAAAGUGGACAUCAAGACUUUUCUAUGCCCUUGUUGCUCUAUUGGUGAUAUUACUGCUUAGGCAUCAUGCUCCUGACGAAGCAGCUAGAGCCAGGUACCAAAAGAAGGUUUCUAACAUAAUCGAUGACGUUCUUGAAUGGUCUCCGAAGUUAGCUAUUUCUGGAAUGAUUGAAAAGCACACUGGGGCUAACAUUACAGAAGAAAGCAAUUACACCACCAGGGCGGCGAGUAGUCACAUGCCUCCAUCCACCGAAGGCAAAGCUUCAGAAGAUAUGGACGUUGAUGGGGAUACCGAGGCUAGCUUAGAUGAAACCCAAGAUAAUGAAUAUGCUGAUGAUACAAGAUCAAGCGGAGCUUAAAAUCAGAGUUUUUUUUGUUUGAGCAAUCUUUGUUGUUGUGAAUCUGCAGAAUUAUAUAGAUAGCUUACUGCUGGCAACAAAAGAAAUCAGGGUGUCAUGUUUUGAUGUUGCAUCCAUAUAUUCCCUGCAAUUGGUUGUGUUCUAAGGUCCCCAGAGAAUAAUUCUCAUA